GAUAUUUAGAAAACAUUAUGUUUUUUUAUGAAAUCUUUUUAAAAUUCGCAAUUUUAAAAAACAUUUACUUUAAUUUGAGAAAAUCGGGUUUUAAUAUCGAACCGGAUCACUGGUUUUAACGAGUUUCACCAGUUUUUAUCGGGUUUACCGAUUUAAUUCAAAUCUAAUUUUUAGUAUAAUCUAGAACUAGUGACCGAGUCACGGUCCGACCGGCCUGUCCGGUUUUCAAAACAUAGCAAAACAGGAUCCUGCUUUCUUAAAGAAAAAUGAAAAAAGGAAGACCUAAUGCAAAUGCACUGUGAACUGGCUCUAAGCCGACACUCUGGUAUUGGUCAGAAGAAUUUAACUAAGUUUGUAAGAAUCUAUUUCAAAACAUAAGUAAUAGAUUCUGAAAAUUUCACAAGAUUCGAUGAGGAUUUUAAUGCAUCUAUCUAAUUUUUAUAUUUUAGAUCUAAAAUGAAUGUAAAUAAAUUUAAUAAAAUUAAUUCUCUUAAAUUUCAUUAACCCUUUUUAAUAAGAGUUGAACCUAGAACCGAGUAUGAGCUAACGCUAAUGUAGAGGAGGGUUCUUUCUACGAGAUAUUUUGAAAGUUUUUAUGAACUUUAAUCAUUCUACAUAAAGAAAAAAUCUAAUAAAAUUUGACAUCUCUAUAUCAUAUAAAUAAAGUUAUUCACGGAAUCACUAUAACUCACUUCGUUGAGUUUAUGACCAUAAAACUAGACAGUUACAUCUACUUGUUAAAUUAUGCAUUUCUAAACAGGAGAUCCUACUUCUGAAAAAAAAGUCUAACAAAAAACUUGACUAAUACAUUCAAAUUUUUUUUUUGAGAACUAAUUUUCUCAUUAUGUAAGGAAUUACUAUACCUAAAUACACUAAAAAAAGUAUUAUCAUGACUCAAUUCUGAAUAAAUUUGUUCUUGCAAAAUAGAUUACAACAAAUAAUAUUCUUUCAAAUCUCAGCUUUAAAGCAUAUAAUUUGUUCUUUACAUUUUAUAGUAAAAUAUACAUUAAAUUAUUUUCAAAUAUAAUUAUCACAGAAUUCACCAAAAAUAAAUAACAUAUAUACUGAUAGAAUUAUAAAAUCAAAUAACACAUGAAUUUUUUUUUAAAAUAAAACAAAAAGAUGUACAAAUAUGUAAUCUAAUAACAGAGGGAUUGUCAAGAACUGAUGAAUUAGAAAAUUGAAUAGCACUGAAAACUUAAAUUUCUUUCAUUCCAAAUAAUCACAGUUUAUAGAUACUUUAUCAAUUUUUGAAUUAAGGCUUAAAGCAAAUUAAAAAAAAAAAAAAAAGAGGAAUUGUUAGUGGAGUAUAUAAGAAAAAUAUUUCUGUCUUUUUCCUUUGCACACGAAACGACGAGCCAAGCCAAUUCUUCUUCUCCAAUGGCGUCCUCUUCUCUUGUUCGAAUCGCCGUUGUGGGAGACGUCCAUGGCUUCUGGAAUCUAGGUGAAGAUCAGAAAGCUCUUCAGCUCCUACAGGUUAUUAUCUCAAUUCCUUCAUCUUCACAAAAGCCUUUCCUUCUUUACUCACACAAUCCCCUGUGGCUGCUCAAUCUGAUUUUGCAGCCGCAAUUGGUGCUCUUCACAGGUGAUUUUGGUGAGGAGGAUGUGCCACUUGUGCAGAGCGUUGCUGCUCUUCCUUUCCCUAAAGCUGUUAUUUUGGGCAACCAUGAUGCUUGGCACACCAAAAAAUUCUCAACGAAACAAAACGGUGUCCAAAUGCAGCUUGAUGUCCUUGGUGAUGAGCACGUAGGAUAUCAACGCAUGGACUUCCCCUCACUUAAGCUCAGUGUUGUUGGUGGUCGCCCCUUUUCACAUGGCGGAAAUAAACUGCAUCGUGAUAAACUGCUUUUAAAGAGGUAUGGAGUUCGGGAUAUGAAUGCUAGUGCUGGGAGUAUUUGUCGAGCUGCACUUGGAACACCGGAAGAUCAUGUGGUUGUAAUUCUUGCGCACAACGGUCCAACAGGUCUUGGUUCUCAGGCAGAGGAUAUAUGUGGAAGAGACUGGUUUGACGAAGGCGGUGACCAUGGUGAUCCAGAUCUGGAGCAGGCAUUACGCCAGUUGAAGGAGACAACGGAACUGUCUGUUCCUUUAGUUGUGUUUGGACACAUGCAUAAGGAGCUUGAAGGUGGGAAAGGAAACCGAAAAAUGGUUGUGGAAGAUAGUGACAACAAGGUUCUUUAUGUGAACGGUGCAAUAGUCCCGAGGGUUAUAGAGAUAAAUGAAACACCGGUUGGAGCCGCGGAGCCCGAGAGUGGUGGCACAGUAAGAGCUUUUACGUUGGUGGAGAUUUUAGAUGGAAAGAUCAAGAAAGUAGUAGAAAGUUGGGUACAAGUAACCGGAAGUGUGGCUAAGAUUGUGGAGGACAUGACAUUGUUUGAGGAUGUAACUUGAUUUAUCAAAGGGAACUUGUGUUGUUGGAUCAACAAUUAUGCGACCUUCAAUUCAUUAAUGAUCAGUUUAUAUUUAACUACUAUGUAAAUACUCGUGAUAUUUGAGGUUUUAUGUCUAUGUAGAAUCGGUUCUAUAAGUUGUUUUCUUCCA